CAAUCCGCAUUUGCAGUAUGUUAUAUAUAUGGUUAUUCCAGUAGCGUGCUCCGAUAGAGAUAGCUGUUACUGCUUUUUCUGAUAGAUUAUCUUGCCAAAAUCUAUUAAAAUGAAGUCGAAAUAUUAUAUUACAUUCCUGGGGAUUGUGCUCAUGAGUUUAUCUUAUGUUAGCUGUCAAUAUAGAACGAAAAAUAGUCAAAGUUCCUCAUUAGCCGAACGUGUACACCAGUUGACAGAAAUGACCAUUAGGAGACCUAUAAUUAAGUUUAACGGAGCAAAAUUUAAGGAGUUUGUUAAAAAUACUCCAAGAAAUUAUUCUGUUAUCGUAAUGUUCACUGCUAUGGCGCCACAAAGGCAGUGUCAAAUUUGCAGACAUGCGAAUGACGAAUUUAUAAUAGUUGCAAAUUCAUUCCGGUAUUCUCAGUCUUAUUCGAACAAGUUGUUUUUCGCAUCUGUAGAUUUCGACGAAGGAUCAGACGUUUUUCAAAUGAUGAGAUUGAAUACUGCUCCAGUAUAUAUACAUUUUCCAGCGAAAGGUAAACCAAAACCAGCGGAUACUAUGGACAUACAAAGAGUUGGUUUUGCUGCAGAAGCAAUAGCAAAGUGGAUAUCAGAACGUACUGAUAUUCAGAUAAACAUCUUCAGGCCACCAAAUUACUCUAGCGUAAUAACUUUGAUGAUGUUUUUGACUCUGAUCGGAGUAUUCCUAUAUGUUAGGCGUAAUAAUUUAGAUUUAUUUUGUAAUAAAACAAUUUGGGCUCUUAGUGCAUUGUUUUUCACUCUUAUAAUGAUAUCAGGACAAAUGUGGAAUCAUAUCAGAGGACCUCCAUUUAUCCACAAAUCAGCUAAUGGAAAUAUGGCAUAUAUUCAUGGAUCGUCCCAAGGUCAAUUUGUGUUAGAAACUUAUAUUGUUAUGGUUUUGAAUGGAGCAGUGAUAUUAGGAAUGAUUCUAAUGACCGAAGCUGCAACAAGGAAAGGUGAUGUUAAAAAACGAAGAAUAUUUGCUGUGAUAGGCUUUGGAUUAGUUGCCAUUUUCUUUAGCCUUCUUUUAUCCAUAUUUAAGAACAAGGCUCAAGGGUAUCCGUACAGGUUGCUGUUUAAAUGAACAGAUAUUUUACAGAAAAAAAAAGGUUCGUAUAAGUCCCAUCUUUGUGAGAAUUCUUAACUUGCCAUGAUCUCAUUGGCCUCACAAAUGUAUAUUAUGGCACACGAGUUAUAGCGAAGAUAAAGAUAUGAUACAUGAUUUAUUGUUGAAUUUUUGCACACGUUUGAAGGCUAAAAAGUUGUUACAAAAAAAUGAUGUAUCUUAGCCUACAACCUUUCUAUAAAUGUUGUACGAUAAUUAUCAAGUUCAUACAUUUUUAUGUAAAGUAAAAUAUGUUAAUACAUGACUCUUAAUAGUCAUGCAAAUUUUUUAAACAAAAGAUAAUCAGAAUAAAACAUUACUUAUUUACAGAGUUUGAUAUAAAAAUUACUGGAAAUUUAAAACUGCCUUUAAAUUGAAAUUUAUCUGCUUAAAUUAUAUCAUUUAUGAGUUCUUCCAAAUCUAUACAGAUAAAGUAAAAAAGAAAAAAAAAAAUCAUUAUCAACCAUCGAGGCAGAAGUUGAAUCAAUACAAAAAAUUUUAUAUAAGUAACACAUGUAAGGAUACUAAUUGUAUUCGAAAGAUGAGUAGAAUUAGAACUUUUUGCUUUUUAUUUUGAAAUAAUUUUUCAAAAUGUUUCGAUACCAUCUGCGAAUCCUUGAAGAAUAAUCCAAGAAAGAGAACAAUUAUUCUGUUAUGUCCAUAAUUAAAUAAAAUAUGAAAGUAAUAUGAAUAAAUGGAUAAUACGUCGAUA